AGAAAGGAAGGAGGCGGAGGCGGCGGGAACCGCAGCGGCCGCCGCCGCAUCUCCAUCUCUCGACGUCCUUUUUCCUCAGUCCCUCAUGACAGUGUGGUGCUGCCGCUGCUCCUUAACCAGCCGCUUCAGAAAUUACAGUAGUCCAGAAACUGAAGGAUGUUUUUUGGAUUCCUUAGUGCAGUAUUUUGGUGACAAUCUUGGGACCAACGCUAAAACUAUGCCAUUACUACAAGAAAGUACGCUAGCUGUGGACCCAACAUUGACUUUGCCUAUAGUAAUAAUCGGCAAUGGACCUUCCGGAAUAUGCCUCUCUUACAUGUUAUCUGGAUAUAGACCAUAUUUAUCCCCCGAAGCUGAACAUCCAAAUCUUAUUUUGUACAAUAAGUUAAAAGAAGCUAUUCAUCUUUCUAUUGUUGAUCAGGAAUUAGAGUACUUGGCUGAAGGCCUGGAAGGACGCUCUUCAAAUCCCGUUGCAAUUCUGUUUGAUACUUUGCUUCAUCCUGAAGCUGAUUUUGGAUUUAAGUACCCACCGGUUCUUCAAUGGAAAUUUGAACCACAUCAAUAUAUUCCUCAUAUAGUACUUGGCAAAGGACCACCUGGUGGUGCUUGGCAUUCUAUGGAAAGUUCUAUGCUCACUAUCAGUUUCGGAAACUGGAUGGAAUUACCUGGAUAUGCAUUUAAAGAUUGGGCUGCUACUAAACGAAGAAAUAUGAAGUGUGACAGAGUUCUGCCAGAGGAAGUUGCAAAUUAUUACAAGCACUAUGUUAAAAUCAUGGGCUUACAGAAAAACUUCAGAGAAAAUGCAUAUAUAACAUCUGUGUCAAAGUUUUAUCGUGAUCAGGAUUGUGAAAGCGAAAGCCCUUUGCAGAUAGAAGAAGAUGGGCAGACUACACUGAUCAAAAGAAACUGGGAAAUUAGAGGUUAUCAGAGAUCAGCAGAUGGCUCUCAUAUGCCGUUCUGUUUGUUUGCUGAAAAUGUGGCUCUUGCCACUGGAACUUUUGAUGCUCCUGGCCGAUUGCAAGUUGAAGGAGAAGACUUUCCUUUUGUGCUCCAUACCAUAUCUGAUUUUGGAGCUGCCAUAGAUAAAGGAAUAUUGCAUGGGAAAACAGAUCCAGUUUUAAUUAUAGGUGGUGGACUCACAGCAGCAGAUGCAGUUCUAUACGCUUAUAAUAACAGUGUGCCUGUUAUUCAUGCAUUCCGUAGGAGGGUCACUGACCCAAGUUUAAUUUUCAAACAGCUACCAAAAAAACUUUAUCCAGAAUAUCAUAAAGUCUACCAUAUGAUGUGUACUCAGUCAGUUACUCUGGAUUACAAUGUGCAUCCUGCUUAUACCAGUUUACCUGAACACCAAGUUCUUUCUUUUCAGCCCGAUAUGAAGUGUAUCUUACAGAAUUCUUCGGGAUUAAAGAAGAUCUUAAAAUUCUCUUUAGCAGUAGUCUUAAUAGGUUCACAUCCUAACUUAUGUUUCCUAAAGGAUCAAGGCCAGAGCAUAUGCCAUAAUCCAAAUGAACCAGUUACUUGCAAGGGCAACCCUAUUGAAAUUGAUCCAUAUACGUAUGAGUGUAUAAAAGAACCCAAUCUUUUUGCACUUGGUCCAUUGGUUGGAGACAAUUUUGUACGCUUUUUAAAAGGAGGAGCAUUGGGAAUUACACGGCAUUUAGUUGCAAAACAGAAGAAACAUCAAUUUAUAGUUGAAAGAGGUGCAGAUGGAGUCCCCUAAAGCAAAUAGACAAAGACAUAACCUGAGGAUCUGCAGACAUGGUAAUAACUGAUCUGACCAUUAAUAACUAAGUGAUUAGUCUUGGUUUUGUUAUACAUACCAGUUUUUUGUGCUUGCAUUGCCUCAUAGAGGAAGAUGCUACAACAGUAUUGCAGCCUUGCAAAAUGCAAAAAAAAAAUUGGCAGUUUUUCUGUAAUGGAUAACAAUGCAUGCUAAUUUGCUUUGGUUUCAAAGCUUAGAAAGAUAUAUACAAUAAAAAGUUUUUACUCAUAAGCUAAUUGUUUUGCUAUACAAAACUAGAUGAGUAUUCAAGAAUAGAAUUUUCUCCUUAACACAGAUUAAGGCAAAUUUUCAGCCAGUUACUUGCAGCAAAGUUUUUUAUAAAGGCAACCUGAGAAUGUUGCAUAUUCUGAAUCUCAAAUGAGCUACAAAUUUGAGAUGUGCCUAAUCUCUUACAUCUAAAUCAGAUUUAGGGCUUGAGUCUGAUGAAGGCACCAAUCAUUAAUCUAAAACAUGCAGUACAAUCCAGCUAAAUCUGACAUUUACACAGAAGUCAUGUUCUAGAAAAGCAUGUGGAGAUGGGAGAAUUUGCCCAUAUUUAAUGUAGUUUCCAUUAUAAUACAUCCACAAUAUAUCUAACAGGCAAAAUAGCCUGUUAAUUAUGGGAAUUAUUGCUAUAGAAACCACAAGGGUAACCAGUGGUUCUAUUUGUAUUUCAUUUUUUAUAAAUUAUGAAUGUUUUAUUUUUUAGACUCCUAAACUUUGAUUAUGUUCAUUGGCAGCAAUCCCUAUAGACAUCAAAAUGCAUGUGUAGCAAAUUAGUUUCCUAAUCUCCAAUUUUUUUGUCAGUUAUGCUCCUGCCCAUUUAAACCUGGGGUAUUUUUACUAUUUGAUAAGAUAAAGAGGAAAAAUGAAAUGUAAUUUAUGCUAAUAUAUAAAAUAUGUGGAACUGGAAUUGGUAACCAAUUAUAUUUAAAUAUAAAAAUUAGCAAGAAUAAAAGGCAUUUACUUUUAAUUGACUUUAUCCUUGUGUAUAUUAUGGAGUAUGUAACAGUAAUUCUGAAUUAAAUUGCGUGUAGGAUUAAAUGAAUGUCCAAUAUUUAAAGACUGCCUAUUUUUCAUUGUAGGGAUAAAGUUCAGGGUUGCCAAUAAUUUUAAA